AUGAAUAUCUUCAGACUUCUAGAGCUGUUCUGGACUCUCCUUCAAAUCACAAGCGUUAUAUCUGAUCGUGUUUGUAACACGUUACCUAGGUUUGUCCCAUUGAGUAUCCUCUUCAUUGGCUCGUCAACUUAUACCCUCUAUCUCAUGCUUACGGAGUACAAACCCACGCACGACCCAAAUACGGAUACAUUCAAGGUGGAAUACCUUCUUGGCUUCAGUGCCCUUUUAGCAAUACUGUUCCCUCAGCAAUACACCAUCUCCGAGAUCCUUUGGACAUUCUCCAUCUGGCUGGAAUCCGUCGCAAUCUUACCUCAGUUAUUCAUGCUACAACGUACCGGCGAGGCAGAUACCAUCACCACACACUACCUCUUUGCACUAGGUCUUUAUCGAGCGCUCUAUAUUCCCAACUGGAUUUAUAGAUACUUUUUCGAAGGCUUCUUCCACGCCAUCCCGGUUCUGGCCGGUAUUAUCCAGACUGUCCUCUAUUCGGAUUUCUUCUAUAUCUAUUACACUAAAGUUAUGAAAGGAAAGAAGUUUGCCCUUCCUGUUUAG